AGCGGUGUAGUCCACUGCCGAUCGAAGAGUGGGUUCGGGAAUUAGGAUUAGAGUUUACUUGCUCAUUUGAUAAUGACGGGGUCCUGUACAGUGACGACCUUGCGGAGGACUUUAUGCAACUGCCUGAAAGUCCUGAAGCCCGUGACCUUGUGCUCGAUAUGUCGGCACUCACCCGCUGGCUGUACGCAGCCAAGGACAACACCCACGAGGGCGAGAUGCCGGACGGCCGGCUCUUUGUCCCCGAAGGAAACCAGUUUGUCGGCAUCGCCGAGGUACUCUGCCGCCGGCUGGGCAGGAAGAAACUGGACGAGAUUUCCGCCCUCUGGGCCAACCAAUUCCCUGAUCGGAAAAGCCUUUCGCCUCAGGGCUUCAUUAGCGCAGCACUCCGACGAGCCCGACUAGACCUAGACCACAACCCCUAUCCUCGCGCACUCCCCGAAUAUCGCUUCAACGGCGCAGCACCCCGGAAGAGGCACUCAUCAAACACAUCCCGAACUACUGCAGGCCGAACAAGCACACAUCCCUACCUCCGGUAG